UUGUCAGGUUAACACUAGGGAGUGGCUAUAGGUGAGUUAGAUGAAAAAUUGCAGCCAAUGAUAGCAGACUGAUCCCAAGCUGGUUAUUGAGACACAUUUAUAGCACCUGCUAAAUUAUUUGGGAAGGCAUUGAAGUAAACUGUAUUACAUCUAGUUUUAUGGUAAAGUAAAUACCAAGAAAAGGCUAGAUACACUCUUUUAAAAUCAAGAUCAAGAAAUAUAUUUGGGAUAUCACUAACAACAAGAGGUGCAGCCAGACCAGUGACAAGUUCAUUCAGAAGUCACACUGUCAUCAGUACCAAAAACGUGGACAUUGGGCAAAGACCCUACAACACAGACAUGAGAAGUUGAUUCUGUGGUAACACAGCUGCACUCCUUCGUAGAAAGAAUAAAGCGUACUAUGCUGUAGUCAGAAUAUCAAUUUUUUUCCGAUGGAGAAUAAAAUACAGACACUGUCCUGUAGAAAAUUUCUAUUUUUCUUUAUCAUUCAGGUUGUAGCAGCUUUUUUCUUCUUCUCUGUUUCAUUCCAUGGCAAACGCAGAAAUAUUGCAAUUGAGCCAACUGAUACUGUUACUUCAAAGCCAGAGGAACCAGUGAAAAUUAUUCUUCUGUGGACUUGGCCCUUUGAUUUUACGUUUCCCCUGAACCAGUGCCCGAGGGAAUUUGAUGGAACUGGCUGUUUCUUUACGCUCAAUCGCAGCUUGUAUUCAGAGGCAGCUGCUGUUGUUCUACACAGCAGAAAUGUAUGUUCAGAUAGGAAUCAGUUACCACAGGCCCCAAGACCCCCAAAACAAUAUUGGAUUUGGUUUACCUUGGAGUCCCCAAGCCACAAUCCCAACACAGGGUUUAUGGAGAAACUCAUUAAUCUGACCAUGUCUUAUCGUGCUGACUCAGAUAUAUUUACUCCAUAUGGCUGGUUAGAAAGGCAUGAUGGAAAAGAAAACUUCUCUAUGCCCGUGAAGACAAAACUAGUAGCCUGGGCAGUCAGUAACUGGAACCCAAGUGCCAGAAGAAUAAAAUAUUAUGAGGAGUUAAAGAAACACCUCGCUAUUGAUAUGUUUGGCGCAAUGCAUUCACCUCUUCCUAGAACACAACAUAUUGAAAUUCUUUCCCGAUACAAAUUUUAUCUAACUUUUGAAAAUUCAAUUCACGAAGACUACAUUACUGAGAAGCUCUGGCAUAAUGCACUCACAUCAUGGGCUGUGCCUGUUGUUAUGGGGCCCCCCCGUGAUAACUAUGAGCGUUACAUACCCCCUGAGUCAUUCAUCCACGUAGAUGACUUUCCAACUGCUAAGGAACUUGCUGAUUAUCUACACGCGCUUGAUAAAGAUGAUAAUAAAUACAUGCAAUAUUUCAACUGGAGGAAAAUUCUAAAACCGAUAGCGCCUGAGGGUUGGGACGUCCAUUACUGCAAAGUCUGCAAAGCUUUAAAAGAAGCACCAUCGUAUAGGACUUUUCCAAGCAUUACAAAGUGGUUUAAGUAAAACGAUACACGUUAAUGAAUUGAACAAUAUAUUGCUCCUAUGAAAUAACCCUUAGAACAGUAUUUUAGUGGUGGUGGCUUACUUUCAGGUUAACUUUUAGCAUGUUAUAGAACAGCCUAUUCCUAGUAACUUUUCAAUUGGGUUUCAUUUUUUAUUUUUUAAAUGACUUCUAUUUUUUAAAUUUCUUCUGAUUCUUUCCAGCUUUUAAAUGGAGGUCACUGACCACAGCAGCCAAAAGUGAUUGCUCUGUGAAGCGACAAUUUUAUCGUUAUUGUUACUUUUUAUUACUUAUCCUUCUAUUUAGACCCUCUGCUAUUCAUAUUCCUUCCUCUCUUUCAAACCACUGUUGGUUGCUUUAAAUUGAACCCUAGCAACCAGGUAGCUGCUGAAAUGCCAAAAUGGAAAAGCUGCUGAACAAUCCGCUAAAUGAUUAAAAAAGCACAAAUAAGAAAUCAGAACCAAUUGCAGAACAGCACUCCGUAUAUAAUAAAAGUUCAUCAAAGGGGAACAACCUCUUUGAAGGCUUUGUUCAGUGUAAAAAUAAAAUGUGCAAAAUGAAAAAAUGUACAAAGG